GAAGGACUCAGGCACCAUGAUGUCUCCAACACUGGUGUUGAAUCUUCUGCUUCUAGUGACCAUUGCUUCAGCAGGACAUUAUUAUGGAGGUUCACUGAUCAUUCUCACCUAAAGGAAACAAUCCAGACGGGAGCUUUAAAGUCGAGUUUCGCAUCAAGCAAACCUAUGAUGAGAUUUCUUGUUCUUACGUACCAUAUUACUGCGUCUUGGGGAAUUGCGGGUAUUCAAGCAGAGAAGACAAUGCAAAGAUUGAUCGCAGCUCUAAUGGCAGAAGCGGUUACACAAACACUUGGUGCCAAAAUGAAGCUGUUGUGACAAGAAACAUCCAUGGGAAUGAGCCAUUUGACUUGCAGGACGCUUCUUGCUGCUGGAUCCCCACAAAUAACUUUAUUGACAGCUGGAAACUCUGGACACAUGUGGAUCUCGGCUCAAGAUCUGACACUAAUGAACCCAACUAUUCCCCCCGCAACACUAUUUUACCACUUUUGCGUGUUCCCCAAAACUGCCCUCGUACAUACCGCUUGAUGACCUUUGACCCAGAUGGUGAUCAGGUCAGAUGUCGAUAUGGAACUCCACAGAAUAAUGAAUGUGACACAUGUAGCCAGCCAAGUGGUUUCCAAAUAGAUGAAAAUGCUUGCACUCUAGAGUACAGCUAUGCCUAUAGCACAGGGGUCUAUGGAUUUGAGUUGGUUCUGGAGGACUUCCCAAGGAAUCACAUCACUCUGUCCUAUACUGAUGGAACCCAGUCUGAUAGAUACCCUCUGGGUGGUGGAAGUCAACACUCAGUAUCUGGGUUCAAUGCAAACACUCAAACUACAACUGUGUCAUCCACAACUACACCAUGGCCUCACCAGCAAUUGACCACUCUUUCAACAUGGUUUUGGCUGCAAACCACAGCUACGACCACAACAUACCCAAACCAACAGUUCCCAACCAAUAACAUCAAUCAACAAUCUUAUGAUCCAUUGAGCAUGAUUCCUCUACAAUUUAGUUUUAUUGUUGACCCACCUGCUCCAUCAUGCACUGAAGGACUCUACAUUCCUCACUUCAUGUCCCCAACUCCCCAGAAUGGAGAACAAAUUCAUGCUGCACCUCUCCGUGAACUGGAAAUCAUUGUUCAAGCCACAGCAGCUUAUUCAACGGUUUCUGAUGUCAUCAUUAGUGGCCCUCUGAACAUAACUAAGCACCUUUUGAGCACUGGAGAGUACGCCAUUAGAUGGACGCCAAUGACAGAGGAUCUUGGAGAUCAUUUCCCUGUCUGUUUCAUUGCAGAGAGCACAAGCGGAUACAGCAUUUAUCAGUCUGAAAUGAGAUGUGUCAUUGUCACCGUUGGAAAGAAAACUGUUGAGGCAAAUGUGAUUUGCACUGGAACCAACAUGGUCAUUGAAAUUGAGCAGCUGAACUCUGUCGGGCUUCAUAGCGACUAUCUGCGUCUCAACAAUCCCGCCUGCACUUUGGACUCAAAUGGUACUCAUGUGAUUGCAAACUUUUCCCUCAACGCCUGUGGAACUAUGAUUGAGGAGGAUGACCAGUACAUCAUUUUCAGAAAUGAAAUCAUCUCAACUGAUGAUCCAAACGGCAUCAUUACUAGAAAACACGAGGUGGAGAUCGAGUUCUCCUGCCGUUAUGAGAAGAGCAACAAUGUUUCACUACAGUUCCAAGCACAGAGGCACAUUACCACCGUCACCGAGAGAGGCUUCGGUACCCUCACGUAUCACUUUGGACUCUUUGAAACAGCAGACUACACUGUAAUGAUGGACCCAAACACAUAUCCAGUGGAGUAUGAUCUUGGUCAAAUGAUUUACAUGCAGAUUGAAUCCCAGUCUUCAAUCGACAACACUGAGCUUUUCAUCGACUCGUGCGUUGCUACACCAUUCAAUGACCCCAACUACGAAACGCCUUAUUCAAUCAUCCAAAAUGGGUGCAUUUUGGAUGAAACGGUACAGUUCUACACAAGCCACGAGCCAAUGGUUCGCUUUGCAAUGCAAGCCUUCAAAUUUAUUGGACUUUAUGAGCAGGUGUUCAUCAGUUGUUCAGUGAUCCUAUGUGAGGCAAACAAUCCCUACACCCGCUGUUCUCAGGGCUGCAUUAACAGCACAGUAGCUCCACCAUCGCACCACCAUCGCAGAAGAGAAGCUCCCAUCCAGACCUCCAGUCACUUCGUCUCCCAGGGACCCCUGAGACUGAAGAGGAGCAUUGAGCAUGAAGUGUCGUCCACGACUUUGAACCUGAAUCUAGUCUUCAUAGCUGGAAGUCUUCUCGCAGCUGUCGGCAUGGUGUGUGCAGUUCUGAUCUUCAGAACCAUGAGACCAGAAGUCAAAUAUCAACCUCUACAAACAACUGAAAUUUAAUGGAUCAUCUCAGAGACAAAAUUUCCUUUUGCACUUUCGUUUCAGGGCUUUGAAAGAUUUGUUAAGUUUUAAAAUAAUGUAUUUUAUCUUGUUAAACAUUUUAUUAUGACCCAUAAAUUACUUUAAGGGAUCUUUUCUUAACUUGUGACAUCUUUGAUUGACUGCACAUACAGUGCAUAUCUUUGCACGGAACUCUUUUGUUUGCAGCUGAUGAUGUUUAAAUAAAAAUGAAAACAAAAAAAACGAGCCACUGUUCAAUUUAAAGAAAAGUGCAAACAAUGCAUA